GUGCGACGGCGGGGGCGGCAGGACUGACUGCACCUGGACUGAGGAGGCCGAACAGGCGUCCGGGAGCUUAGCAUGGCUGUACCCGCGGCGUCUAUGGGGCCCUCGGCAUUGGGCCAGAGCGGUCCCGGCUCGAUGGCUCCCUGGUGUUCAGUGACUAGCGGCCCGACGCGCUAUGUGCUCGGAAUGCAGGAGUUGUUCCGCGGCCACAGCAAGACGCGCGAGUUCCCGGCGCACAGCGCCAAGGUGCACUCAGUGGCCUGGAGCUGUGACGGGCGUCGCCUGGCCUCGGGGUCCUUCGACAAGACGGCCAGUGUCUUCCUGCUGGAGAAGGACCGGUUGGUCAAAGAAAACAAUUAUCGGGGCCAUGGGGAUAGCGUGGACCAGCUCUGUUGGCACCCAAGUAAUCCUGAUCUUUUUGUCACUGCAUCUGGAGACAAAACCAUUCGCAUCUGGGAUGUAAGGACUACAAAAUGCAUUGCCACCGUGAACACUAAAGGGGAGAACAUUAAUAUCUGCUGGAGUCCUGACGGGCAGACCAUUGCUGUAGGCAAUAAGGAUGAUGUGGUGACUUUUAUUGAUGCCAAGACACACCGUUCCAAAGCAGAGGAGCAGUUCAAGUUCGAGGUCAAUGAAAUCUCCUGGAAUAAUGACAAUAACAUGUUCUUCCUGACAAAUGGCAAUGGCUGUAUCAACAUACUCAGCUACCCAGAGCUGAAGCCUGUACAGUCCAUCAAUGCCCAUCCUUCCAACUGCAUCUGUAUCAAAUUUGACCCCAUGGGGAAGUACUUUGCCACAGGAAGUGCAGAUGCUUUGGUCAGCCUCUGGGAUGUGGAUGAGUUAGUGUGUGUUCGGUGCUUUUCCAGGCUGGAUUGGCCUGUGAGGACCCUCAGUUUUAGCCAUGAUGGGAAAAUGCUGGCAUCAGCCUCGGAAGAUCAUUUCAUUGACAUUGCUGAAGUAGAGACAGGAGACAAGCUGUGGGAGGUGCAGUGUGAGUCCCCGACCUUCACCGUGGCUUGGCACCCCAAAAGGCCUCUGCUGGCAUUUGCCUGUGAUGACAAAGACGGCAAAUAUGACAGCAGUCGGGAAGCUGGAACUGUGAAGCUGUUUGGGCUUCCUAAUGAUUCCUGAUAGAAGGACCUGACAUAUGGAGAAGGCCAGGCAGAAGUUUCCACUGCAUAGUUAGUUUGGUCUGUCCUCUUGGAGCUGGUGGGCACCUGAAGUGUUUGUAAGUUGGAGUAACUUAUACUUGUCAGGCUGCCCAUUCCAGUUUCCUUUCUGUUUGUUAUGUUAGUUCUUCCCAUGCCUUGGCCCUUGCAGGAGGGCUCUGCAGUGAUGACACCAGCAUACCUCGUUCUCGGGGCCUCCUGUCUUCCUGCUUUUGGGCAUACAAUGGACUUUUGUUGGGCUUGCUUCUACUUCGACAGGACCUAGUUUGGGGGGGGUGGGUGGGUAAGAUGGGAUGGGGAUUUUUUAAUAAUAAAAAUAUAUAUAUAAUUUUGAGACCUGAGCAUUUAAUAAAACUGACUUUUUAAUUA